AUGUCUUCGCUGGUCGCGGAGCAACUGGAGAAGCAACCUACAGAGAGGCACCCUUAUAGCACCUAUGCAGUUUACCUAACAACUCUUAACCCUCCAGCUAUCAUUCUUGACUCCGGAUUGUUGUGGAUGUGCCACAGAGCAACGCAAUUCGACCCGGUCUUACAUCGAAGAUAUUUGCAGUUGCUCCUACUCUGGAUGCUCUUCACCAAGUUCGCAAAAUUCUUUGGAUACUUCAGGCGCAACCCGUUCCAUAUCAUUCUGAUACCGAUUUCCAUCCUUUUCGGUUAUUUCCAUGGCAUUAUCAAGGUGUAUGCGGCGUGCACCCUCCAUGUGGCAGACCUCAUGGGGCACAAGACUCGCCACGCAUGGGAACAACGAUAUUCCGGCUCGACAUGGGCCUUGACUUGUAAGUCGUCGCUACUGGUGGCAGCUGACAGUAAAUGA